AUGAGAACCAAACUGAAGGAGAGUCAGAACCGACCCGUUAACAUGGAGGACGGUCAAACUUCGAGGUGAACCUCCUCGUGUUUCAUUUUUCAGUUUAGUCUCUGAAGCAGCUGAAGUGGUUUCGUUAGUUCGUCUUUGACUCUUUUCACCGCAUCCUGAACGGCUACAAAAACGUCGUAUCUGACGAUCAUAGCUGAUCGGAACCAUUCAAGUUCAUGUCAAGGCCGAGUUUCCGAUAGUAGAAUAGAUUUUAGCUCUUGUCCGGUCUACCUCCGUUUUAAGCGCCCGUUAUUCCUCCAGAGUCUCCGGUAUUUACGUUGUUUUCUUGCUUGUGUCGGCAGUCGUGGCCAAAGGAGGAUUCAGACAAUUUUCCGAACUUUCUGGUUGGUUUCUACUGUCCGAUAUUGUAGCACGCUAACUUUGUUUGGGCUCGUAAAAGUUAUUCUAGGACUAACACUAACCCCCGACCUCCACCUUCAUCCUGAUCGUCUCCUAAAAGGUCGUAUCCUCCGAUCGUAGCUGAUCGUAAACAUUCAAGUUAACGUGUCAAUUUACACCGACUUCUUUCCGUUCCUCAGCUGAUCACAAGAGUUCUAAAGUUCUAAAUUAUUUUCUUCUCCCUUUUUUCUGUUCUAAAUUUUUUCUUAAUUAGAACAUUUAUUUAAGGUCUUAAGGGAUCAAUAAAGGAAUAUUCUAUUCUAUUCUAUUUUUUCUGGACGCCGGAGCAUGGCGGAUAAAUUCAGCACAGAUUAACCCGUGCUGGAAAGGAAGUCGGGCACAGACUUCAAAAUAAAACAUCCUGCUUCUUUUCAAAAUAAAACAUCCGUGUUUCAGGAGGAUCGUAUUUCACACCAUGCAAACGGGCGGAGACGAACAAGUGAAAGGUUUUUAGACGUCAUUUCACCCCGAUGACACCAUGGAUGAGGAGAUGCUGAUUCUAGAAGUCUAGAAGUAGAUUUCCUCCUCUGGAAGGACACAAUCUACUGCUUAUAUGUCUAUGUGUCUGUCUUUAGAGAGACAACUCGUUAUCGCGCGAUUGAACGUGAAUCUGCGGGUUCUUGUGAGUUCUCGUGAUUCCCGCUGUCUGUAAUCCUCCCCAACUGUGAACUCUCCACUCGGCCAACUACCUUUAACAGUCGUACUGCUGCUUUAAGAACGUAAUGUCGUCACGACGUCGCUGAGUGGCGCCACACCUGUUGGGAAGACGAAGAGGAGUGGGCGCCAUUAUUGAGUUGUCGUUAUUUAUUUAUAUCAAACGAAGUUUGUUAUUUUAACGGGUUAUUCGCCGUUUUUAGAGCUAAAAUCCGCUUUAUUUCGAGCAUCGGCGAGUUCCGGAAGCUCCUGCCGCCGUUUACUGCGGACAUCCCGGCGGAGACGGCGACGUUUCCUGGUCGGCGGUUGUCGGACGGCUCCCUCCCGUCGGGCGGCCCGGUGCGGCCCUCCGGAUCUCCGAGAGUCCCCCUUCUCCUCCUCGGUCUGCUGCCUGUCAGACUACAGCCGGUCACUUCAUCUCCACGGACUCUUCGGUCAACGCGACGGUUAGAAACGGUAAAGAGAAACAUUUUAAAGUGAAAAUAAAGAGAGAAGACCGAGGAUUGAUGUGAUUAACUGUGAUUAACACUAUAACUGUGUGAAAACUACCAUAGAGACUGUGAAUGAAGGAGCUCCUCUGAGAAAAAAACACUCACUGUUUAGUUAAAACACACACCUGAUAGAGUUCUCAUUCAUAGAAGUACAAUUUUAUUUCUGUCAUUACAUAGAGAGGGUUUUCAUCCAUGUUUUUCCUGUUAAGGAGUAUUAUCAGUAUUCUGAUAAGGAAGACUAUUUUUUAUGGUGUAUAAACAAAAACACAAAAACAUUUAAUAUCAGUCGAUAGAUAAAAGUUAUUGAUAAUAUUUGGGAAUAUCAGAAUAUCGUUGUGUUUUGUUGCGCCUGUGUAGUCAACAUUUUAUAAUCUUUGUGCAGUCUGCUCAUUCUUAAUGCUGACUCAUCGUAUUUAAAGCUGACUCACUGCAUUAAAGCUGACUCAUCGUAUUUAACGUUGACUCACUGUAUUUAAAGCUGACUCACUUAUUUAAAGCUGACUUAUUUAAAGCUGACUCACUGUAUUAAAGCUGACUCACUGUGUUAAAGCUGACUUAUUUAAAGCUGACUCACUGUAUUUAAAGCUGACUCACUGUGUUAAAGCUGACUUAUUUAAAGCUGACUCACUGUAUUAAAGCUGACUCACUGUAUUAAAGCUGACUCACUGUAUUAAAGCUGACUCAUCGUAUUUAACGUUGACUCACUGUAUUUAACGUUGACUCACUGUAUUAAAGCUGACUCACUGUAUUAAAGCUGACUCAUCGUAUUUAACGCUGACUCACUGUAUUUAAAGCUGACUCACUUAUUUAAAGCUGACUCAUCGUAUUUAACGUUGACUCACUGUAUUUAACGUUGACUCACUGUAUUAAAGCUGACUCACUGUAUUAAAGCUGACUCAUCGUAUUUAAAGCUGACUCACUGUAUUUAAAGCUGACUCACUGUAUUAAAGCUGACUCACUGUGUUAAAGCUGACUCACUGUGUUAAAGCUGACUUAUUUAAAGCUGACUCACUGUAUUAAAGCUGACUCAUCGUAUUUAACGCUGACUCACUGUAUUUAAAGCUGACUCAUGUUUAUUUUUGUACUUCAUCAGAUUUUCGGAGAACAGACUUUGAGAGUUCCUGAGGAUCACAGAGUCACAGACCGUCACACAG